AUGAGAACCGCAAUUCAAUCUUCGACUCAACGUGUGGAAUCCCUAUUUGAAUCUAUUGGAAAGCCUUUUAAACCUUAUCUCCCGGCCAUGAGCCGAUUUAUGGUGGUAGCAACUUUCUAUGAAGAUGCCUUCCGCAUCAUUCUACAAUGGCAUGAUCAGAAAAUGUAUCUCGAAAAGGCCCGUCACUUUCCAAGUGCUGUCUCGCCCCUGUUUUUAGGGUUCAAUGUGAUGGCAAUGCUAAUGUGUUCAACAUGUAUCAUCUCCAAACGUGCCGUUGGUCCAUCUGUAGCUGUACUUGCAGCUGUGGUUGCAGCACAGGCUAUUGCAUAUGGUCUUGUAUUUGAUAUGCUAUUCUUUUUGCGCAAUCUGUCAGUGACGGGUGGUUUAUUGCUUUGCCUUUCAGAAUCAAUCCUCCGACGACGAUCGAGUAAAUCGGUAUUUGCAUCCUUACCCCAGCUAUCCGAAAGCGAACGUCACAAAUACUUCCAGUUGGCUGGACGUGUAUUAUUGGUAUUGCUGUUUAUUGGUUUCAUUUUCAACGGCACCUGGAAUAUGCUUCGGAUUAUCGUGUCUGUGAUGGGAUUGCUGGCGUGUGGUAUGGUCGUGGUCGGUUUCCGUGCCAAAUGGUCGGCUACUUUCCUCGUCUCACUUUUGUGCGUUAUGAACUUUUUGGUGAACAAUUGGUGGUCAGCUCACCACUCCAAUUACAAGCGCGACUUUCUCAAGUACGACUUUUUCCAGACUCUGAGCAUUAUGGGAGGUCUUUUACUUCUGAUAUCUAUUGGUCCUGGAGGCUUAAGUUAUGAUGAAAAGAAGAAAGAAUAUUAA